AUGCCCCCGCCCCCCUGCACCGCCGCGCAAGCCCUCAGCGAGCUUGGCGGCAUCCGCCCGGGCCACGCGGACAGCGACCCCAGGCGCAACUUCCAGCCUGACCUAGUCCCCUUGCCCACGGUGGGCGGCCUGGCGGACGGCGAGCAGGUGCUGUCCGGUCAGGCCCUUGAACGCUGGAGGUGUGUGUUCGACUACUUUGCGGCCAGAGACCAGGUGCGGUACAGUAACUUCGCCAUGCAAAUGCUGGAGGCCGGUCUGGUCACCAUACAUGCUGAGCGCCCUGCUACGGUUGGCAUCUUCUUCGUGGCGAAGAAGGACGGGCGCUUGCGCGUGAUCCUGGACACCAGAGCGGUCAACGACCUCUUCGACGAGCCGGCGCACUCGCGCCUGCCAACCCCUGCGUCAUGGGCCUCCGUCGAGAUCGGGCUCACGGACGACCUCAUCCUGUCCCAGAUGGACGUCGACAACGCCUUCUACCGCUGCAAGGCGCCGCCCGGCGUCUCGGACCUUUUUGCGCUGCCCCGGUUUCUGCUCGGCACCUUCAUCGCAAUGGCGACGGCCAGCGCGGUCCGCGCGGGCGUGCCGUCGGAGGCCUUCUUGCUUGACAAGAAGCACGCGCCCGACAUCACUGGCGACAAGUUCGGGACGGCGAUCUACGUCGACAACGCGGGGGUCAUCGGCACCAGCGACGACGUCGUCAGGGACAUGGCCAAGAAGCUCUACGCCCAGCUCGCGGCGGACGGGCUCCAGUGCAAGGAUCUCGAGCACGGCUUGCCCGAGGCCCAGUUCGCGGGCAUGGCGCUCGACCAGGCCACUGGACGUAUUUCAGUCGGCCACCGCCGUUGUUGGAAGGUGCGCCUCGCCAUCGUAGCCAUCCUCGAGGACGGGUUCGUCUCGGGGAAGGUCUUGCAUCGCAUCGUGGGGCACUUCACUUGGUCGGCUAUCUUGAGGAGGUGCCUACUCAGCAUUCCGCACUCGAUCUACCGCUUCAUAGAGGUGGCUGGCGACUCGCGCAUCAAGAUCUGGCCCGCGGUAGCCCGGGAGCUCCGCUGGAUGAUGGCGCUGCCUCUGGCCUACACGGACAGCAAGAAACCUUGGAGCACGCAGGUCGUUGCGACGGACUCCGAGGGCGCCAACGUCACGGACAACGGGGGGUUCGGCAUUGUGGUGAAGCCCUUCGACCUCCAGACAGUGAGAGAGUGGGGCCGGCAGAGCGAGCGCUGGAGGUUCGCAGUCGAGGAUGCCGCGCAGGCCCGCCGCCGCGCCUUGGCUUCCGAUGCGGAGCCGUCGGGCGCGCCGCGGCCGUGUGAGGGGGCUCUACCAGAUGAGCUCCAUCCCGAGCUCAUGGACAUCCGGCGCGAGAGCCCGGAGGCGCGCGCCUCGCCCCAGGCUGCUGUCGAGGCGCUCGCCCGAGCCAGCGGCGACCCAGACGCCCCACCCGAGUUCGACGACGGGCUUUGGCGUCCGGGCGGCGGGCCUUACACGCUGGGACCAUCAAGCACUUGGCGCGAUUGGAUUGACGACGGAGGCUUCGAGGACUUCGACUCGGUCGAAGCUUCGAGGGCACGCAGUUUCGGCCAGUACUUCUUGGAGGUGAACAAGGUGACGCGUCCCUCUGCCAUGAUGUACGACAGGUACUUUCAGGACUUCCAGACCUGGGCCAGCAGCAACGGCCUGCCGCUGAACGCCAGCGAGGACAUCUCCUUCGCGAUGCUCGAGUACCUGGAGGACCUCUACUUCCAGGGCCACAACCACGACUCGGGCGAGAAGGUGAUCGCGGCGCUGGAGUACAGGGCCCCAGGCAUCCGCAGCGCGAAGGUCCUCGAGCGGGCCAAGAACGCGCUGAAGGGCUUCAGGAGGCUGGCUCCGGGUCUCAGCCGGGCGCCUCUGCCGUGGAUCGGCCUGUGUGCCCUAGUGGGCGCGGCUCUGCACAUCAACGAGCUGGAGUUCGCGCAGUGCCUGGUGUUCCUGUUCCGGACGUACCUGAGGCCCAGCGAGUGCCUGGGGCUGCGAGUGGAUCAGCUCGUUCCUCCGCUCCCCGGUUCGGGGACCAAGUCCUGGGCGCUGCUGCUGGCGGCCGAGGAAGAGGCCAUCCCCACGAAGACCAAGGAGUUCGACGAGAGCAUCCUGCUGGACAGUCCCGAGUUGGUUUGCCUCUACCCGCGCUUCUCAACCUUGAAGAAGCGCUCAGGCUGGGACAAGGUGUGGUCCUUCGACUAUCGGAAGUUCUCGAGCCUGUUCAAGCGCGUGUCGGAGGCUGCGGGCCUGGGCCAGGCCAACCUCCACCCGUGCAUGAUGCGGCGCGGGGGGGCCAGCGACGACGCGCUCAGGCAGACCCGCUUCUUGGAGGAGAUCAAGCGCCGCGGCCGCUGGGCCGCGGACACAUCAGUCAAGAGGUACGAGAAGCAUGCAAGAGUUCUGAAGUCGCUGGAGUGCCUGGCCAAGCCGGUGCGGGACUACGGCCUGGCCAUCGAGCGCCAGCUGCAGCUGCUGCCGGCCCUGCAGGCCAAGCCGCCUCCGCCGCCCGGACUGGGCAGGAAGCGCCUGCACGGGAAGGGAUAA